AUGGAUUCGUACGACGUUAUUGCAAACCAGCCUGUAGUUAUUGACAAUGGUUCAGGUGUUAUCAAAGCAGGCUUUGCAGGUGAUCAGGUUCCGAAGUAUAUAUUUCCAAAUUAUAUUGGAAGACCUAAACAUGUUCGUAUAAUGGCAGGAGCCCUGGAGGGCGACAUAUUUUUUGGACCAGAAGCAGAGGAACAUAGAGGUCUUUUGUCUAUUCGUUACCCCAUGGAACAUGGCAUUGUGAGAGAUUGGAAUGACAUGGAACAAAUAUGGCAGUAUAUUUAUUCAAAAGAUCAAUUGCAGACUGUUUCAGAAGAGCACCCUGUAUUGUUGACAGAAGCUCCCUUGAACCCGCAGAGGAAUAGAGAGAAAGCUGCAGAGAUAUUCUUUGAAACGUUCAAUGUCCCGGCCUUAUUUAUUUCCAUGCAGGCAGUGUUGAGUUUAUAUGCAACAGGGCGCACAACAGGUGUGGUGUUGGAUUCAGGCGAUGGUGUCACACACUCUGUGCCUAUAUAUGAAGGUUUUGCUAUGCCACAUAGCAUCAUGAGAGUGGACAUAGCCGGGAGAGAUGUCACCAGGUACUUGCGCCUGCUGCUGAGAAAAGAAGGUCUUGACUUCCACACAUCUGCAGAGUUUGAAGUAAUCAAACAGCUGAAAGAGGUAAACAAUAUGUUACGAACGUGCUACUUGUCCAUUAACCCACUGAGAGAAGAAAGUAUGGAGACAGAGAAGCUGCAGUACAUGUUACCAGAUGGAAAUGUUGUUGAGAUUGGUCCUGCGAGGUUCAGAGCACCGGAGCUUCUGUUCAGACCUGAUUUGAUUGGAGAUGAGUGUGAAGGCAUUCAUGAAGUGUUGGCUUGCUCUAUACAGAAGUCAGAUUUAGAUCUUAGGAAAACACUGUAUUCUAAUAUUGUGCUGAGUGGCGGAUCGACAUUAUUUAAAGGUUUCGGUGACCGACUUCUUGCUGAAGUGAAGAAAUUGUCACCAAAAGAUGUGAAACUCAGGAUAUCUGCACCACAGGAGAGAUUGUAUUCAACCUGGAUUGGGGGUUCCAUCCUUGCUUCACUAGACACCUUCAGAAAGAUGUGGGUUUCCAAAAGAGAGUACCACGAGGAAGGAGUGAAGGCUAUUCAUAGGAAAACAUUUUAG